AUGUCUGCCAAAGAACCAACCGCCAUUCCAGCUGCCGAACAGACCGAACGCAACAUGGGAUUUGCCCGGAGACUGAGCAAGAAGUUCUCUUUGGGCCACGGAAGCUCAGAGGGCCCCAACCAGGGAGCCAUCACCAACGAGAUUCUCGAAAGGAGCUCAUCUAUCCGCAGCGAAGUCAACAGCGGCAACUUCAGUGGGGCCAAGGACGUCAUCACCAAAGGCCAAACCAACAAAAAGUCGGCCAGCCAAGAUGAUACCGGCAAAGCAUCAAGCGGUGCUACUGGAGCGAACGACGGAAACCUCAACAAGGAGAAUGUCCAGAGAUCCGCAACCCAAACUGGAAACGGCGGCGCCGGUGGAGCAUCAGGCAGCGCUGCUGGUGCUGAAGAAAACACAGAACACUUGAACAAGGACAAUACCCAACAGGCCGCAAUGCCAGUCAACCAAGGAGGGACCGCCCGAGAUAACACUGGCAAACCUUCCACGGGAGAUACAAACAUGGAGGAACGAGAAGCUGAACCGCCUGAGCAAAAAACCAACAACAAAAAGAAAAUGGCCAAAGCCCAAAUUUCUGACCGCAAAAGCAGUGUGGCGGCCGGAGUUCUGGAGCCCAAUUAUGACAUCCGCAAGGGCCCUAUCACGGAGCCGGGCACUUUCCAAGCGAAGAACUUCCACAAUUCGAGCGGAAAAGAAACGAUUGUCGAGAGAGGGACUAGCAGCAAGGCAGUUUCUGACCAAGCGACAGCGGAUUUUGCCGAUGCUAGUGGAUCAAGCGCCCGCAAGCAAAGCAAUCCACAAGUCGCUUUCGCAGGAACGGGAAACACUAACCAAUCUGGGAGUGCAGGCGCUGGAGAAGGCUUCAGCGAUGAGUUCAUUGAGAACGAGCUCCACGACCAGGAGAACAUCAGCUCGGAUGUCUUCGAUGAUGGAACCGCCGGCAAAGGCCUUUCCAAGAAAGCUGCCGGCCACGACACCUUCGGAAAGUACCAUAUCGACAAAGAACAUCUUGCCAAGCAAGGCUCUGAGCCGACCCAGAAGAAAGCGGCCGCCCAAGACACCUCUGGAAAGUACCAUAUCGACAACGAAGAUCUUGCGAAACAAGGCUCUGAGCCUACCCAGAUGAAAGCUGCCGACCAAGACAUCUCUGGAAAGUACCAUAUCGACAACGAACAUCUUGAGAAGCAAGGCUCUAAGCCUUCCAUGGGAGACGGUGUCGCCGAAGCUGCUGCGGCUGCCGCAGCCGUUGGCGGCGGCUAUGGACGGGGACAAGGAGAUACCGGCUCUACUCUCAGUUCAGGUGGAGCUCAAGACUACGCCCCCACGAGCCCAAAGAGCAAGGUUGCGUCCACCGCAGUAGGUGAUGGAAGCGGACAAGGACUCGCCUCAAACCAGACAGCUAGACCAGGUUGGACUUAUGCCCGUGCGGUCUCUGGGGAGAAUCUCGCUUCGAAGACUCCGACGACCACAGGAUAUUCCCCUGCGGGUGGACCCAACGAGACAAGUGGUCUGCGGUCUACCACCACGAGCCAGACUAACAACGCUCUCUACAAUCCCAGCACCACUGGAUCGGACGGAGCAAACGUUGCUGGCGGAGGGAUGCGGAGCCUUCAGCAAGAAGGCAGUCCUGGAAUGUCCAGCAGCAGGACUGGAGCCCAGCAAUCGAGCAUUGCUGGUGGCGGAAUUCGACAAGCAGGCACCUCCGGUGUCUCUGGCGGCGCCGGGGCCAGACGUGUUGUUAGGCCACUGAGUGGCAGCGGCUACAAACUUACUGUUCUCCAGGACAAGGUCCAGGCUGUGUCACAGAAGUGCAAGACUCAGUUGGGCGUGUCUGCCAGCGAGAUCAGCAAGCGCAGCCCCACUGUGGAUGCUUUCUUCGAUGCAGUUGCGGCCGAACGUCUCCGCUGGAUGCCUCGUGAUGGCAGCAGACUCGACUGCAGCCUCCGGUGGGCAUCUAGGCUGGCAUAUGCCGUUGACGCACUUCGAUCAUCUGUCGGAGUCUUUGCCCCUGCUGCCAAUGAAGCUGCGAUGCUCAUUUGGGGAUUCUGUAUUCUCCUUCUGGAGUCUGAUAUGGAUGACACGGAUGUGUUCGAAAGCGUCUUUGGCCGGUAUGGCAGAGUCGCUGUUGGAAUCUACUUGCUUCUGCAGUAUGAGACUGCAUACAAGAUCUCUCCUGAGCUCCAACCCGAGGUCGCAGCAGUGUUUGCAGACUUGCUCGAGAUGGUCUGCAGUACCACCGCAAGCUGCAUUGAGGGCUUCAAGAGCAAGGAAUCCGACCAAGUCAUUGGACGCCAUGUUGAUGCAGCCUUUGUGGCCUACGCCAAGAGAUUCUCCACCCACUGGAAUUGUGUUGUCGAUGCCCAUACCGUGAAACUGGUAGAAGGCAGCGCCUUGAUUCAUCCUUCGGCUGAACUGGGUAGCCUGCGCCAGUUUUUGGCAGUGCAGGACCGCCCUCUUCAGUUCAUCCUCGACUCUCGCGCGCACUCAAUUGCCGAUGGGUCGUUCGAGUGGUUCAAUAACAUGCUUUACGACUUCACCGUUGCGAGCUCUCCUGUGAUGCUGAUCUCUGGUGGUCCCGGUUCGGGAAAGAGCGCACUGGCCCAAUGGACUGUCGAGAGACUCCAAGAGUCGGCUGAGCAUGACAAUUGGAAUGUGAUUCCAUAUACGAUCCGUGCUGACAUUCCCGUUGCCACAUUGCCUCUUCGUAUUCUGAAGGGCAUCCUGCACCAGAUGCUAGACCAUUCUGUCAGCGAUCUGCGCACCCAGGAGGCUGUCCUACUCGAAGUUGCCAAGGCAGCCGAAGGGGCGAUCAAAGGCGCUGGGGAUGACACGGUCGAAGAAAGCCUUUGGAGAGGCAUUCAAGCUGGUCUCUCUACCAACAUCCAGUACAUGUUCGUGGUCGACGGAAUUGACCAGAUCAAGGGGGGUGAUGCCAGUGCAAUGGCGUGUCUCAACCGGUUCUGCGAGAUUCUCUCAGCACAGAAUGCUGGAUCCAAGAUGAUCGCUUUCACCCGACCCCUGAGCUUGAAGGUCGACUCCAAGGGUGUUCAGCAGCUUACCAUUGAGAGUUCCCAGACCAAGACCGAUCUGGAAGCCUAUGUUACCAAGAUGCUCGUUUCUGGCGCCAGCUUUGACACUCACAAGAGCGACCAACUGCAAGCUGCCGUGUCUGCUAUUGCUGGCCGCGCUCAGGGCUCUUUCAGUUGGGCCGAGAUGGCGGUUGCUCACGCCAAACAGCAAAAGACCCUGAGCCUUGCUGCUUCCGCCAUACAAAGCCUGCCGCAGUCGAUGCCGGAGCUUCUUGAUUUCCACUCCAAGGGUCUCGACUUCAGCCAGCAGGGUACCAUCAACAUUGUCUCAUGGCUUGCAGCAGCUGAGAGACCCCUGUUGGUCGAAGAGAUCGAGGAGCUGCUCAACGUGAAUCCUAAGGGUCCAAGUUACUCCGCCAACAAGAUUACCGAUAGCCAUGACAUCUUGAAUGCCUUGAGCCCGCUGGUCAUGACACGGGACGGUGUUGUCUCUUUUGCCCACACCUGUAUUCGCGACCAUCUUAUCAAACAGGCCAAGUCUACCAUCGGAACCUCUCAGCUGAACAUCAAGGACGGACAUUACGACUUGCUCACCAGGUGCCUCGCCAGUGUGCAAUUGCGCAUGGACGAAGAUGUCGAUGUUUCCAUGGACAAGCUAGGCAUCGACGAGCGAAACCACCUCUUCGACAAGUAUGUCGUUUUGGAAUACACCGCACGCUACUGGCUUUCGCAUCUUCUGUCGUCGCCUCUGGUCACAGAUGACGGAGAGUUCCAGUUCACCUCCAGCUUUACAAAGCUCCUGCCUGCAGCUGUCCUCUUUGCACGACUGGAGUUGACUUGCCGCGAGUCCCAGUUCACUCGCUCCAGCGUCGUUGAGCUCUACAGACUUGCCAGUGACAUUCGCCGAUUGGUCCUCGGUGAUAAGUCCAUGGCACUGCUACAGAGCAUGAUCUUCAGCGCCCGCGUCUCGAGGCUAGCGCACGCCAGUCACGCUGAUGAGACUAGCUACGAAUGCUGGAAGCUGAGCCAAGAGCUUCUUGGCCAGUCGCACCCGAUCACUUUGGCAUGUGCUGAGAUGAUGACACAGUCAUUCUCCGAGCGAGACUCCAUGACUUCCCAACAAGAAGACAUCAUGAAGUACUUGAUCCUGACAGACUCCGAAAUCACCGGCGUGCAGUUCAACCAACGUCUGAAGUAUCUUGGAAUGAUCGUCGGCAUGUACAAGUCCCGUGGCGACAACAAGUCUGCCUUAUUCAUCUCGAAGCACUUCUACCAGCAGAUUCUUCAGAAGUACGGUACGAACUCGCGCCAGUCAUCGGAAACUGCCGAUUUCUUGACUGGCCACUUCUCGACCACUGGAACCGACGAGAUGGGCCGCGACAUUGCCAGAACGAAGUACGACAACAUCGUCCGCACCAUGGAUGUCACCGAUGAUCGUCGGAUCAAGUACUCAUUGUACAUGGCGAAGAUGUACGAGGAACAGGGCGACAAUGUCCACGCCCAGGCAGUUCUCUCCAGCCUCUGGGCUGGUCUUAGCUCGCACGACAUUGACUCAGUCAAUAUGAUGGACAAGAAGUCCAACGUCGCCAUUGCGUACUACCAGUUCCUACGCCGCCAGAGUCGCAACGACGAAGCUGAGGUCGUCAUCCGCGAACUGGUCGCAGACCUCGAGGUCACCGGUAUCCACUCGCCAGAGAUGAUGGAGCAUGUGCACCUUCUCCGCGCUGAGACUCGGGAGAUGCUUAUGUACAACCUCGAUCGCUCUUUGGCGAUUCUCAUGUGGCGCUACUACAAGGAGAAUCACCAGGAAUACUCGCCUCAGGGAACCGCGCUGGCCCUCUCCAUCGCCCAGAGCAUGGCAAGUUCUGUCUCACCCAACGAUGCAUCGUCGCUCUCUGUUCGAGACCGCAAGUUGCUGGUUGAGCUGCUGGACAGCAUUUCGGCAAGCAAGGACAACAUGACUGUCACUACCUUGAUCAUGUGCCACAAUCUGUCCAGUAUCUACGUGCGUGAGGGUGACUGGGCGCAAGCCAGCGAAUGCACGAUGGCCGUUCUGCAGCAUAUCUGGCCGACCGUCGAGAAGCCCGAGUCUCACCAGAAAUUCUCGCAGGACCUGGCGCCGCCCGCGGCAGACCUUGCUCUGGUUUUGGCCUACUGCCACUUCCGCAGGCUGCAUCUGCAACAGGCUACCGUGGUGUACGAGAAUGCCUUUGGUUCUUUGCUCUCCUCUGAGAAUGUACCUGUGCCCUCCGUGUUGGCCGUUGCCAAGGCCGUGGUUGAGUUCCACGAGACUUCCUUCCAGUUCCCCAAGGCACUGACUUUGCUUCACACCGUGAGCAACUUCUUGGCCGCUCGCCUUGGAGAGACUCAUAAGCAAACCAUUGACAAUGUGUAUCUCGAGGCUGCGUUGGCAACUCGCUUGGAGAUGCACAGUGAUGCCAAGCGCAUGUAUCAGCGCAUUCACAGAGCCACCUCGCGGGAGAAUGCGAUUGCUCCUGAGGGUAUUGAAGCUGCGGUUGCUCUCAUUGGCAUUUACGAGAGGGAAAUGGACUGGAGUUCUUCCCUGCACGUCUACCGAUCACUCUGGCCGACCCUGGUUGUCGAAGACAACAAGGAACAGCAACGGACCUAUGACCAUGAACUGGUUGAUCGGAUGCUGGAGAAGACCUACAUGGGUUACAUGUCGAUUCUGACAGCUGAAAAGGGCUCCGACUUCUCCGAGCAGUACAAGAUCGCUUCUGAGUAUGUCAUGACCUGUCAGCAUGUGCAUGGCCCAACGAGUCAGAAGACACUCAAUGCCACCUUGCUCUUUGCCGAGCUGUGCGAGUCCAAUGACGCGUAUAUUGACCGAGCCAUCGCAUUGUACAAGGUGCCUUUGGAGACCACCGAGUGGGUGGGAGCAGGCGAGUCAUCGAAGCCUCUCGAUCAGAUGACCGCACCACUGCCCAUCACGCUCAAGCACAAGCUGGCACAGCUGUUCGUUCGCAAGCAUGAUUCGACCGGUGAAGCCCGCUCCCUGUACACGGAAGAGUACCAGCUGGCGAAGAAGACUCAAGGCCACUUCUCCACUACGACUCUAUCCUGGCUGCGUGAGCUUGCCCUUGCCCACUCGCGACAGGGAACAACCGCAUCUGUGCAACAGGGGAAUGUCAUUCUACACACCUACUCCACGGAUGUUUUGCAGGCCGGCGGCGACCCCGACAUGAUUGGCGACUGGGCCCGUCGGAUCGCCAGUAUCUAUCUUGAGUGUGGCUUCAUCGAAGGGGGCAACAACGUCCUUGAUGAGCUGCGCCACCGUGUGGUCUACAGUCCCGAGGCAUCGACAAUGGCGCUGCCCGAGCGUCGCGACGCCAUCUUCGUCGCUGCCUUUGAGGAAGUCUUCGGCAGACGCGCUAGCUACGACCAGAUCAUGAGAGAAAUGGAUACCGAGAUGAAGACCCACCGGGACUUCACCAGGAAUCUCUCUGGCCACGACUUCAUCCCGACUCUCAUCUCGGGUCACCUGCUCUACACUAUGCAGACUGAGCAGAAGCGAGUUCGCCCUGCCAAUGACACCAAGAACAAGCUGUACGAGUACUUCUGCACCAACCUGUCCGCCAUGAACGUCUCCGACAAGGAAGUCGUGCAGCAGUUCUACCAGAUCUGUCUGCGCGAGGUGCACAACGAGGACUACAACAUGAGAAUCCUCACAAGAACUACCGACUUCGUCCGCACCCUCUGCAACGCCUCCCGCUUCCAAGAAGCCGCCAUCGUGACAGGUGUCCUGCACUCCUUCAUGCACCUGACAGACGGUCUAAACAGCCACGAGAGCAUCAAGACCGCCACCCAGCUCUGCCUCUACCUCUCAGGCCACAAGGCGACCAAAUGCACCGACGAAAAGACCUACAACGACAUGUCCACCAAAGCCAAGCUACUUCUCCAAGAGAUCAUGACCACCUCCCGAUCCCUGGGCAUCGAAAUGGUCGACCUCCCCUUCAACGAACUAAACGACGCAAUCACCCUACUCGGCGAACACGACAUGUUCCCCGAACUCGAAACAAUCCUCACUCAACUCUGGACCUCCCGAAUCGUGCAACGAACCUGGACGCCCGACGUCGUCGUCUGGAUCGGCCGCCGCCUCGUGGAAACCCGUUUCUGUCGCGGAAACGUCGACUCCGCCAUCCAGCUCUGCCGCGACAUCUGCUACAAUCUGCGCCAAGUCUGGGGCAGCUGCGAUCCCGUCACACUGGAAAUGACCAAGCUCCUCUCUGCGCUGUUCACUGCCUCGGAUAAUCACCAGUCGGCGGUCACGUUGCACGAGGGCGUGCUUUACGAUUUGCUCGGUGAUUCCGAGGCGAAGGGUCAUGCGCGUGCCGCUGAUACGGCGUCGCAGCAUAUGGAGUUGCUGAGGAGAGCGAAGGGUAGGCUGGGUGGACAGGGUUCUGGUAGGGAUUCGGCGCAUGCGGAGUUGUUCCAGUCGCUGGCGGAUAGGUUUGGUGUGCAGGAGGGUGUUGGGGAGGGGAAUGGAGAGGACUUUGGGGUUUGGGCUAAGCCUAGACGGUUUAGUAUUGAUGUUGAGGAUAUGGAGGAGGAGGGCCUGGCGCAUCGGAAUCAUUUGAGGGAGUCUAGUGGGAAUGGGGCUCCGAGACGGAUUUCGGUGCAGGCCCUUUGA